ACUGGAGCUCGGACAAAUGGCAAAUUACCAGUACGUCAUAGAAAACGGCAAGGAUGCCGUGUCGGUAGAUGCUGCCUGGGACAUUGGUCGCCUUCGGCGCUAUGCCGAGAAGCAGGGCAAGAAGCUGGUUGCCGGGCUCUACACACAUGGCCACUUCGACCACAUUGGAGGCUCUACUCCCGGCUCAGCAUCUGAACCUCUUCCUGGAGCUCUCGAGCUUCGCAGGGCAAAGAUACCGAUCUUCCUCGGUGCCGGAGAUAUUGAGGCGGCGACACUCCAGACAAAGCUGGAUGCUACAAAGUGGAAGCCUUUGAAAGAAGGAGACACUCUCUCCCUUCUAGGCGACGAUUUGCCGAUCAUGGUGAUCGAUUCCCCGGGCCAUAGCAAAGGCGGCGUGACCUUCUGGCUUCGGGGCACAGGACCGGACGUGCGACCAGAGUGUGCCGAAGGAAUGCUUUUCACGGGCGACACGCUUUUCCUGAAGAACGUGGGCAGAACUGACCUACCAGGCGCGGCGACUCCACAACACUGA